CCUCCCCCUCACUUCUUCCACAUGCCAUGCUCCCUCUCUUCUUCUUCUCUCUCAACUCUGCUAUUUCCUCUUUCUUCUUCACCUUCACAUUCAUUCACAAAUGGCUGCCACUCUUUGCCACUCAUACAUGGAGUCCCAACUCAUGGAGUCCACAAUACACAGACUCAUGCUGUCAUCCCCAAAACCAGUUCCUCCUCCCCAAAAAUCCAUUGAUUUACCCUUCAAAUCAAACAACCAAGCCUACGCUAAUUGGACCAACAUUCAAGCUCUUUCAACUGCCCCAAAAGAAAUCACAAGUGUCGACACCUACCUCAAACCAUCAUCACUCAGACUCAGCCCCAAGAGUCUGGAGCUCUGCACCGAAAACCUGGGGAACGAGACGGGCAGCGACAUCAUAGAGAGCGGCAUUGAGUUGCUCUCUUCGCAUUCGUCAGAAUGUGGCGAAGGUGAAGUGGGUGUGGCGAUGAUAAGGGAGAAGCAGAAAAGGAAAGCGCGUGAAGGUCGGAGUUUUCCGCCGCCGUUGACAACGAUAACAGGAUCGGAAACCAUUCGAGUGAGGCCCCACAGAGAAGGCGGGAGGCUAGUGCUCCAGCUCACUAAGGUCCCGUCCUCUUUCCGGGCAGAGAGAAGCCCCGGUCGCCUUCGCCUCUGCUUUUGGACUGAAAUGCAACAUCACCACCACCACCACCACAUUGAAGACGCGGUGGAGGAUGACCAUGAAGACGAGGUAGAAAAAACACAAGAGCAUCAACAUGAUGACGAUGACGAUGAUGUCGAUGAUGACGACGACGACGGUGUUGAUGCUGUGAAUAAUGAGUGUGAAUGGGAACGCUUUCAAGAACAUAGAAAAGAGCGAAAGAGUUGGGGUGUUGAAGGUGUGGUGAGGGUGGAAAGUACCAUGUUCGAGUGGCCAAGCAGCAGGUGCAAGGAAGAAGAACAUGAAAACAUUAAUGAUUUGUUAAUGUAUUGGGGGGAACCAGUUCGUUUAAUUUCUAUUUAAUUUCUAUUUAAUUUCGAUCUAUCUAUGACCUACUUCUACAUUUUUUUCCUCAUUUUUCUUACUCAAUUCCUAUCUAUUUUAUUUUUCCCCAGUAAA